AUGGGGGAAUGCAGAAAGAAACGAAAGAAGGAACGAGACAAGAUGAGGGAAAAUGAGGGAGAAAGUUGGCCCAAAGGGGGGGAAAGGGAAGCAGCAGCGCAAAAAAAUCAAAAAAUACUGGAACCAUCGCCAUCAUCCUCUUCAUCAUCCAUCCAAUCCAUCCCAUCCCAAUCUCCAGUGCAAUCAAUCUUCAUCUCGACAUCCAUCUCUCUCAUCAUCAUCUAUGAAUUCUAUCAUCACCCUCCACUCUUCUUUCCCCUUACCUGCUGCUCACCUCCUCCUCUUCCAUCAUUCACAUCCAACCUCCCACCCUCCCCCCAUCUCAAUCCCAAUCCUUCAUCAAUUCAUCCAGAGGGUCUCCGUUACGGACAUUGCUGGGUUUCUCAAGUAGUGUUCGCUGCCGGCCCAGGACCAUUCCCCGAUCGGGUAGCCCAUUCACGGCUUGGCUGGGCCUGUGUUUCUUGUCGCAUCCUGUCCGGAACGGUUGACCCGUGGAGGGUUUGUUGGCUCGCUCACCACAAGCACUUUGGAGCCCUCCGAAGAUUCCUGUCAAUCCGAUAG